AUGUUUGACAGCGCCGGACAGUUCGCACAUCGCGAUUGCGAUAUAAAGUACACCACGAAGACUUCUGAUUCAGCCUACUACGCCCAACAACCCUCGGUCCUGCCAUCGUCGCUCAUCAGAAACCCGAACCCUACAUUGAGGGACAUCGUCAGGCCUUGCACGGCGGUCGCACUUCUACGACGCCAUGCAUGA